AUGUGCGGCUGGUUUAACAUCGUCGGACAGUGGGCAGUGACAACGAGCGUGGACUACUCGCUGGCGCAGCUGAUCCAGGUGAUCAUCCUGCUGAGCACCGGCGGCAACAACGGCGGAGGGUACCUGGCGUCCAAGUACGAGGUCAUCGCCAUCCACGCCGCCAUCCUGCUCAGCCACGCCCUCAUCAACAGCCUCCCCAUUGCGUGGCUCUCCUUCUUCGGCCAGUUCGCGGCCGCUUGGAACAUGCUAGGUGUCUUCGUCCUCAUGAUCGCCGUGCCGGCCGUUGCUACGGAGAGGGCCAGUGCCAAGUUCGUCUUCACCAGUUUCAACACCGACAACAGUGCCGGAAUACACAGCCAUCUCUACAUCUUCCUCCUGGGGCUCCUCAUGAGCCAGUACACGCUCUUAGGAUACGACGCGUCGGCGCAUAUGACGGAGGAGACCAAGAACGCAGACACGAACGGGCCCAUCGGGAUCAUCAGCGCCAUCGGCAUAUCGAUAGUGGUCGGCUGGGGAUACAUACUCGGCGUCACCUUCGCCGUCAAGGACAUACCCUCCCUGCUGAGCCCCGACAAUGAAGCUGGAGGGUACGCCAUCGCCCAGGUCUUCUACCAAGCCUUCAAGAGUCGCUACGGCAGCGGCGUCGGCGGGAUCGUCUGCCUGGGGAUCGUCGCCGUCGCCAUUUACUUCUGCGGCAUGAGCUCCGUCACAAGUAACUCGAGGAUGGCGUAUGCUUUCUCGAGAGACGGCGCCAUGCCGCUGUCGUCCGUGUGGCACAAAGUUAACGAGCACGAGGUGCCCAUCAACGCCGUCUGGCUCUCGGCUUUCGUCUCCCUCUGCAUGGCGUUGCCGUCGCUGGGCAGCCUGGUGGCGUUCCAGGCCAUGGUGUCGAUCGCCACGAUCGGGCUCUACAUCGCGUACGCGCUGCCCAUCUUCUUCCGGGUGACGCUGGCGCGGAAGCACUUCGUGCCGGGGCCCUUCAACCUCGGGCGCUAUGGCGUGCUGGUGGGGUGGGUGGCCGUGCUCUGGGUGGUGACCAUCACCGUGCUCUUCUCGCUGCCGGUGAUGUACCCGGUGACCAGGGACACGCUCAACUACACGCCGGUCGCCGUCGGCGGGCUCUUCAUCCUCGUCUUGACGUCUUGGGUCGUCAGUGCUAGGCACUGGUUCAAGGGACCCGUCACCAAUUUGAGCGGCUAG